AUGGAUUACAAAGUUGUCGCCGCAGCGGUACACGCCGCGCCCAUAUUUAUGAAUAAGGCCGCUACUACUGACAAGGUUAUCAGCUUGAUUGAGCAAGCGGGCAAGGAGAACAUCGAGCUUCUAGUCUUUCCCGAGACGUUUAUUCCUGGAUAUCCGUAUUGGAUUGAGUGCUACCCGCCACUCCAACAAGUUGGGGCCCUCGCCAAAUAUGCCGAUGAGAGUGUCGUUGUCCAAGACGGCGACGAAAUCGCACGCAUCUCGGCUGCCUGCCGUCGCACUGGUGUAGCCAUCAGCCUCGGUAUUUCAGAACGCAUAGCUCAAGGGUACACGCUCUUCAACUCCCAAGUCAAUAUCGAUGCAGAUGGUACCUUGUUGGGUGUGCACCGCAAGCUGCAGCCAACAUAUGUUGAGCGCUCUGUCUGGGCGCAGGGUGGUGGCCAUACGCUACGAACAUACCGGCUGACAGCUUCGGGACGGCCUUUCAACCUCGGUGGUCUUUGCUGUUGGGAGCAUACCAUGAAUGGGGCACGCCAAGCGCUCAUUACCCAGCAUCAACAUAUUCACGCUGGUGCCUGGCCUGCCUUGUCGACCAUGGCUGGCUUCGAAGCCGUGGCUGAUUCUCAAAUCGAGGCUUUGAUGAAGUCGCAUGCCCUCACUGCUCAAGCCUUUGUCAUCACAGCGUCUAACUAUGUUGAUGAUACUUGUCUCGAGUGGAUGGAAAAGAAUCUAGGCAAGCAGGAGUUUGUCAAGGCCGGUGGAGGAUGGUCCGCUGUUAUCCACCCGUUUUGCUCAUUUCUUGCUGGGCCGCAUACUGGUGCUGAAGAAAAGCUUGUCAAGGCUGAGGUGGACCUAUCGCAGCUUGGGCAGGUCAAGGUUUGGGUGGAUGCUGCUGGUCAUUAUCAACGUCCAGAGAUCCUCAAGUUUAGCUUUGACGAUCAGCCUUUGUGGGCAGAUGAAAAACCAGCACCCGAGGGAUCUUUACCUGUAAAAAACAAUCCUGGAGACCAAUCAGCUCCAAAGUUGGAUUCUUAA